AAAAAGAAAUAAAAUAAAGAUCUCCAACAAGGAUUUCGCCAUCACAUCAACAACAACAUGUCUAGCACACAACGAUCAUCCACCCCUCCUCCCUCAGAUUCCUCUCCCGCACCAUCGCAGGAACCUAACCCCACGACGAACCCUGCCGAUGCCCAAGAAGAAGCGUAUGACCCAGAAACUGGCGAGAUAAAUUGGGACUGCCCUUGUCUAGAAAACAUGACAAAACCACCAUGCGGCGAAGCCUUCAAAGCUGCCUUUUCCUGUUUUGUAUAUUCAAAGGAGGAGCCAAAAGGUGUAGAUUGUAUCGAGGCUUUCAGGGAAAUGCAGAAAUGCUUUAGGGAGCACCCAGAGAUUUAUGGGGAAGAGAUAGACGAUGAAGAUGAUGAUGAAGAGGAGGAGGAGCGGGUGAAGGGAAGCGACAAACCCGGUGAACCCGAGAGGACAGAAACAGGGACGCAGGUGUUGGCGGAACAACCCCAAAGUGCAAAGGCAGGCACAAAGCGGGCAUGAGUAUGGACGGGCAUUGCAAUUUGUACACAAUUUUACAUAGAUCUGAACACGGCAUGUGAAAUGUCCAUAUAUUAAAUGCAUCUAAUAAGCGCAUAUGCUGUGUGUGCCCGUGAGAAUGAAUUGGCAUAACAGCCCUAAGUUACAGUUCCA